CAUACCCCAACAUCCUAAAUACCUUUUCUCUGCGUCAACCGACCCCUAUUCUGAUUCUACAGAUAGUAAGAAAUUACGCUUGCUUCGUUUCGGUUAGAAGGAUAUCUCGCGAUCUACACGCAGGACCUUAGUUGGUGAAGAUCUCUCAAAAUGGCCUCCCAAAUGGUCACUCUCAGAACACCUGACCUUCAAUGGUGGCUCGAUCACCUCGACACAGCAUUUGCUCCCGAUGUCUCGGUUGAUCUAUUUGUUGGUGUUCUCAAGCGUCGUAGCGUUAAGGGUCCCGAAGCCGCAGCAAUAGCAACGGCUCAACUUUUUCUUCGUUUGAUCUACGCCCACCCGUUUUCUAGCAUAGGCGAUCUUGUGGAUCAUAUCUCUUCGAUUGGGACUAAGCUUUCAAAAGCUGUCCCCCGCGAGUUAGCUGUUAGAAACAUGGCUCGAAGGGUGAUUGGUAUUAUUCGUGAGGAGGCCGAGAAUAAUGGCAUGGGAGAUCUUUUUCAGGCUGCACUGGAGAUAGGAACCCCUCCAGGUUUCUCGUGCUCCUAUAAAGAGUGCCGAUACUAGAGCUCAGCUUGCUGGGCAUGGCUCAUUUGCGAGUCCAUCGAGCUCUGUGACUGGAGUUUUCGAGAUUCUCUCUGUUGCUUCUUCGUCUCGCGGGUCGUCCGCAGCUUCAACACCCCCGUCCACCAGCAUGGGGAUGGCGCCGCAGGCACAAGCCGUCCAAUAUGAUAUUCGCCCGGCUGUGAUACAGGAUAUCCAGGAGCUCCUUGAGGAGCUUGAUUCUUGUGAACAUAACAUUUCUGAACUUGCAACGCAGGUAAUCUACAAGAACGAAGUGAUUUUGACUUAUGGGCUUCCACCACCUGUUCAUAAACUUCUCCUUCGUGCUGCGCAAAAGAGAGAGUUCACAUUGAUUGUAGUUGUGGAUGAGAUAGCCGGUAUCAAUAAGCAGGCCAGCGCUGCUGUUAUGAACAAUCCGGUGGGUAGGGAGGAGACCGGGGGUGACCAGGAAACUGCUGCCAGAAAAUCUCUACAAGAUCGCGGAAUCCAGGUCAUGGUUAUCAUGUACCAUGACCUUGAGAAUCUGAUGCCUAGAGUUAACAAGGUGAUCGUCGUAGCUCGAUAUAUUUUCGCGGAUGCGGGCAUGGUGGCUGUUACAGGAACAGCGGGUGUUUUAAUGGUUGCUAAAGGACACCGUAAGCUGGUAUACACCGUUGCUGGAACUCAUAUGUUCUGUCCCAUGACGACCUUUGGUCCCUAUGGACUCCUCGAACGAGGGCCUCCGGAUAUCACACUU